ACGUCGCGCCCGCCCCUGGCUGCGCUGUUGCUGAGGGGAGGAGGAGGAGGGGCCUCCAUCUUUAUUUCUUUGUUUCAAACCCUUCAAACUCGUUAAUACCAACCCUGUUUGAUGUUUGGACUACUUCUUGUAUGGGCUGACAGCCCUCUUUGAACCGUGGAUUAUUAUCUUCUGGGAUUUGCCAGGUUGGGGAAGGCCUCGGGUGGUGACUGGAAUAGGCGGACACCGGGAGAAUGAAGCGGCGGAAUGCGGACUGCAGUAAAUUACGGCGCCCGUUAAAACGGAACCGAAUCACGGAGGGGAUCUACGGCAGCACUUUCUUGUAUCUGAAAUUUUUGGUUGUGUGGGCACUAGUGUUGCUGGCAGACUUCGUCCUGGAGUUCAGAUUUGAAUACCUGUGGCCAUUCUGGCUCUUUAUACGAAGUGUAUAUGAUUCCUUCAGAUAUCAGGGGUUGGCCUUCUCAGUAUUUUUUGUGUGUGUAGCAUUCACAUCAGAUAUAAUAUGUCUUCUAUUUAUACCAGUGCAAUGGCUGUUUUUUGCAGCAAGUACCUACGUGUGGGUACAGUAUGUUUGGCACACAGAAAGAGGAGUAUGUUUACCAACAGUCUCACUGUGGAUACUGUUUGUAUAUAUUGAAGCAGCAAUUCGAUUUAAAGAUCUGAAGAACUUUCAUGUAGACCUCUGUCGUCCAUUUGCUGCUCAUUGCAUUGGGUAUCCUGUAGUCACUUUGGGCUUUGGCUUCAAAAGUUAUGUCAGUUAUAAAAUGCGGUUAAGAAAACAGAAGGAGGUCCAGAAGGAGAAUGAAUUUUAUAUGCAGCUUCUACAACAAGCACUACCCCCAGAGCAGCAGAUGUUACAGAGACAAGAAAGGGAAGCAGAGGAAGCUGCCAAGGGUUUAUCUGAAAUGGAUUCUUCAGUACUGUUACAGCACAAUGGAGGACUAUCAUCAAGUAAAAAAAUCUCCAGCACUUUACCAGAAAUAGAUUUUAAAGAUAAGGGCAAAGACAUGAAGAGACACAAUUUGGGGAUUAACAACAAUAUUCUGCAGCCCACAGACUCUAAAGUACAAGAGAUUGAAUACAUGGAGAAUCAUAUCAACAGUAAAAGACUAAAUAAUGAUUUAGGUAGCACAGAGAACCUUUUAAAAGAGGAUCCAUGUACCACUUCCUCUAAAAACUACAAAAACACUACAGGGACUGCAAACUCUUCCCCUCGCAGUCAUAGUGCAUCCAAUGGGAGUAUUCCCUCUUCCUCCAACAAAAAUGACAAGAAAAAAUGCACUAGUAAGAGCCCAAGCUCGCACAAAGAUCAGUUGGAUAAUUGUAUUCCUAAUAAUCAGCUGAGCAAGCCAGACACAUUAUUAAGAUUGGAACAAGAUGUAAAGAAAUUAAAAGCAGAUCUGCAAGGGAGCAGACAGAUUGAACAAGAUCUUCGAAGUCAAAUUGGUGUAUUAACUAGCACAGAGAGAAGCAUUCGAAGUGAAAUAGGGCAACUCAGACAGGAAAAUGAGCUGUUACAAAAUAAGUUACAUAAUGCUGUACAAAUGAAACAGAAAGACAAGCAGACAAUUAGUCAGCUGGAGAAGAAGUUAAAAGCAGAACAAGAAGCUCGUGCAUUUGUAGAGAAACAGUUGAUGGAAGAAAAAAAGAGAAAGAAAUUAGAAGAAGCCACAGCAGCAAGAGCAGUUGCAUUUGCUGCAGCCAACAGGUAUCGUAAAAAUGUGAAAGAAAUUACACAACCAGGAAUAAAGUGGUGUACUAAAUCAGGGCAAAUUCUUCAGAAAGAUCAAGAAAUCAAAGACCUAAAACAGAAGAUUGCAGAAGUAAUGGCCGUGAUGCCAAGCAUUGCAUAUACAGCAGGGUCAAGCACCCUGAGCCCAGUAUCCCCACACUAUUCUUCCAAAUUUGUGGAAACUGGGUCUUCUGGCUUGGACCCUAAUGCAUCAGUUUAUCAGCCACUGAAGAAAUGAACACCAGCUACCAACAACCACUUUACAAUUUUGUCUGUUGGAAGUUAAAGCAAAGAAGCUUCUCUUGCAGUUAAAGAUGAAAUUGUAUUGGUUAAAGAACUGUAUUUGUUGUAGCUUAAAUCAAGAAAACAAAGUUGAUAUCACCUAGUCAUGAGAGAACAAGCUCAGUGUUUUGUUUUUUUACAUUUUUGAAAACCUCACAGAAUUUUGCAAUUCAUUUUUUUUGGCCAAUACAUGAAAGCAGUGCACUUUGGUUAAGCCAAAACACCAUUUUGCAUAGCAUUUGUGAUUAUAGUCUGAAAAGGGAAUACAUGAUUCAGAACCAAACCUCUUCAUUGUUAAGGGCUUCAGAAAAAAAUGGAGCUAUCCCAAAGCCAACUGGAGUGGUCAGUAAAACAUUGAAGCUAGCUCUAAAUAACUUUUUGUUUUGUUUUUUCUUAAGUCCUCAUUCCUUUACAAGACUUCAAUGUUAUGAAACCGGGAUGGCAAGAUUGGUAGAAAAAAUACCUUCUGUGCCAGCUGACCUGAAAAAAACCCUGUUUUAUCUAUAAAUGUGGGUGUCCAACUCAGUCUUCAAAGACUAUAAAUCUCCCCAAAGCAAACUGAGUAUACUUGAGUCAGUCAGUCAAGUUGUUGUCUAUUUUUCAGGUACUGAGAUCCUUAAAUCAUGUCAUGUUUGUGGCCCUUUAGGUCUGGUGGUUGUAAGUGGCAGCCUGUUAUGACAGGAGUAUUGCAGUGAAAAAUAGACCUGGGAUAUUUUGCAUUAAUAUUAAGGCCAUUAUGUUAUAUUGCAAUACUCUUGGAGAUCAAUGUAUUUUUUUCCCUCUCCAAAAAUGGCAUUUGUAUUGCAAUACUAUUAUACCAGUUUUGAGGCAUUACCUACAAAUAUAAAAAUUGAAGUUGUUUUUCAAUACUGAAUGCCUUAAUUACCUCUACUUUUAAUUACUUUUGAUUCUAGCAAGUAUGCUUGUUAAAGUUCAGGGUCCCUAGUACACUGACAGGAGUUUGGUUACUCUUUUAAUUAUCUGGAAAACUAAGCCAGUUAAUGAAGUGAUGAUUGGUGGAAUUUAACUUACUUGGCAACACAACACCAUGCAUGCACAGCUAAAGGAAUACAUUGUGCACAUUUUUUUCUGUAAAAACAGAUGAUUAACAUUAGACAAAUAAUUGAAUUUCACAUUCAUAGUACAUUUGCAUGCUUAUUUUCUAGUAAAAACAAUGCUUUGAUUCUUCAUCCUUGCCUAUAAUCAUGCCAAAUACUGAACUACUGGCCUGUUAGAAAACAGAGGUGAAGCAAAGAGUGGGAAAAGGUAGAGUGGUAUAUUUUGCAUUGAAAAAUUGAUAGAUUAUAAAUAUAUAUAUAUAUAUAUAUAUAUAUAUAUAUAUAUAUAUAUAUAUGUAGCCCUCAGUUUACGUCGGGGUUAGGUUCCAGGAGGAAUGGUUGUAAAUCGAAACCAUUGUAAGUUGAAACCCAGUUUAUAAUGUAAGUCAAUGGGAAGUGAGGGAGUUAGGUUCCAGGCCCCUCUCAAAACUGACAUAAGUAACACCUAAUACAUUAUUUUUAAAGCUUUGAAAUGAAGACAUUAAAUGCUAAACAGCAUUAUAAACCUAAAAAUAUAGAUUGUAUCCUCGUUAAACUAAGUUUAAUGAACAAAAACAUUUGCUAAACAUCACCUAAUAAAAUAAUAACACAACAGACUGCAUCAUCAUCAAACUAAAUUUAAUGAACAAAAGCGUUUUUUUACUUGCAUUUUUCUGCAAUCAGUUCUCUGCAUUGUUAGCAUGUUAGAUAAUAUUGGGUCUGCACCUAUUCUAUGCUUUUCAAUCUGCAGUGAUUAAUAAGCAGUUAGGUGCCCUCACCUCAAGCAGCUGGACAGGAAGAUAAUAGGGAAGUGCCUGCUCGAUAGCUAAUGUCCUGUGUACACAGAUCAAUUUCAGACCUUGCAUAACUUUGCUGCAAAACAAGCGGACAGCUCCACCUACUGGCUAUUUUAAUUACUAUUUUAUUUACUGCACAUGACUGACAAAAAGGUUAUUCUGAAACGGCGCAAAUUGAACCGGCGUAAACAGAGGGCCACCUGUAUGUGUGAGGGCACUCACAGAACUUGAUGAUUGGUUUGGCUUGUUGAAUACAAUUAUAUGAAAGUCUUUACAAAAAAGUUGAAGUUUCGGCCCUCCAGGGCAGUGGAACCUUUGCCAAGACAUUACAUCCAAGAAAAAUCUGUCACAGUACUCUAGACAUUUCUUGAUAUCACUCAUAUUCAGGGUACUAUGAUAGAUUUUUUUUAUUGGAUGUAAUUUCUCGACAAAGGUUCCAUGGAGAGCCGAAAUGUCUACUUUUUUUGUAAAGAAGAUUGGUUUGGAUUUUUGAAUAAAGUUUUAUAUAAAAGUCAAGUCCUGUGAGUGCCCUCAACUUGUAAAAUAUGUACUAGUUGGCUUCGAAGAAGCACCUGGGCAACGAGGUGAAGACAGUGGUGAGUGCAUGGCAACAAUGUAUAUCUCCAACAUAACAUUCUUUUUGUAGGGGGAAAUAUUACCGACAAUGCUUGGUAAUUUAUUUCCAUUGAUAAUUAUUGUGGAUUGAGUCUUUUUGGAAUAAACGGGUAGUGUUCAAGUGAUUUAGUAAAAAAAAAGUUUCAGCAGCUGUCUAGGUUUAGAUGGUCUUUCCAAAGACGACAAUGUUAUAACCAGCAGUACUAAUAAUUUCUUCUUUAAAAAGUCUGAUCUGAAUUUCACAUCUGGUGAAACUGGACAAUGAGUGAUUAGGAUGCUCCCCUUCUUGUAUCUUGUGUACUUUACAUUUGAUUAUUGAAACUAGUGGCUACAAACGAUUGGACUGACUCAAACAUAUUUUCUUUUUAUUUUCCAUUAAAUGUGGACCAUGUCUUUAAACCUAUAUGGUUUACCUUGUGCCCAAAACUGGAUGCAAACUAAUUGGCAAUUAUAGGUUUUUGUUCAACAGUUUUCUGUAAGUUGCCUUGAAUUAAACUCUGCGUUAUUUGCAGAAAAUAAUGCUGUGCAGUUUAGCCAAGACUUUAAACUGGUACUUCUUGAAUUGUAUUGUUACAUGUACUAAUUGGCUCAUAGAUUAAAAAAAAAAAAAAACUGUGCCAAGAAAAGGGAAAUGAGAAAAAAAAAUUAAGAAAUGUAUAUUCUACAUUAGAAAGUGUUUGCACUGUAAAAAUGCUGUAGUGUUUUAAUCCUUUCCAGUAAAGGAUAAUUUGAAAUUGUCAAAGUUAUGAUUUUCACACCAACAAUUUGAAGAACAUGGUUCUUUUAGUUUUCAGAAUUGAUAUAGAAGCCUUCUCUCCCCCCACCCACAGAUAAUCAGUAAAAGUAUUAAUGUUUGAUCUAUAGAUCGUUGAAUAUUUUUUGAGGGAAGAAAGUUCCAUCUUGGCAGGAUGUGUAUGUUGAAGUCAUUUUGAAUUUUUAAAUCAUCUUGUGUAGCUGUCACCAUGAAAGUGUUACUCGGUCUCAUUUUUCUGCUUUGUGCAACACAAUGAUUUAUUUAUUUAUUUAAAAAAAAAAAAAAGGUUUUCCUCCAUUUUUUUGCUGCCUGAAAGGUCCUUUUUGUUAAACUGGUAUUGGCUGCAAUUCAUUUUUUUUCUGUGGGGUUAACGAAUAAACAAAUUCUUGCAGAUAAAA